UGUGUGUGUAUGUGUGUGUGUUUUUUGACCAGCUGAAAAUGGCGGCUCGGAGCGUCGAAUCGCUGUAACUUUAUCGCUCGAGAAUAAACAUAACAAGAUUCGCGGCUGCUGUCACGUAACAUGGGGAGGAAGUUCGCGGCGAGGCCCGGGUCGCUCUAGUUGGGAACAGUACUUUGAGCACUACGUCUGGAAGGAAGUUCAGAGGCAGAGAGACUAUGGAGGACACUCACACACGGUACAGCAAGCGCCUGCGUACAGGUACGCGGCGCCGCUACCAGGAUGACGGGAUCUCGGAUGAUGAAAUUGAAGGAAAACGAAUGUUUGACCUGGAUGAAAAGUUGGAGUGUGGGAGGUUUACCUCCGACUUGGUCAAAAAGAUGGCUGGUAAAGAUUUCACAUUUGAAUACAUCCAGAGGGAAGGGCUCAGGGAUCCUAUUAUCUUUGAGACGGCCGAUGGCCUCGGUUUACAAAUGCCAGACCCAGACUUCAGUGUGAGCGACGUAAAUUUGUUUGUUGGUAGUCGACGCAUCGUAGACGUUAUGGACGUGAACACCCAGAAGGGAAUCGAGAUGUCGAUGGCCCAGUGGCGGCGCUAUUACGAGACUCCACCGUCAGAAAGAGAGAAACUGUACAAUGUCAUCAGUCUGGAGUUCAGCCACACCAGGCUCGAAAACCUCGUAAAGCGACCGGCUUCGGUGGACCUUAUAGACUGGGUGGACAACAUGUGGCCCCGCCACCUCAAGGAGAGACAGAGAGACUCCACUAAUGCCAUCAUAGACAUGCAUUAUCCCAAAGUACAGAAGUACUGUCUCAUGAGUGUGCAGGGCUGCUUCACAGAUUUCCACAUCGACUUCGGGGGCACUUCAGUCUGGUACCACAUUCUGCGAGGAGGAAAGGUGUUCUGGUUGAUUCCACCCACACCCCAAAACCUGGAGAUGUACGAGAACUGGGUUUUAUCAGGAAAACAGGGCGACAUCUUCUUGGGGGACAAGUGUCACGACUGUCAGAGGAUAGAGCUGAGGCAGGGCAACACUUUCAUCAUCCCAUCAGGGUGGAUCCAUGCUGUGUACACACCAGAGGACACGUUGGUGUUUGGGGGAAAUUUCCUCCACAGCUUUAACAUCCCCAUGCAGCUCAACAUUUACAACAUUGAGGAUCGCACACGGGUGCCAGCAAAGUUCCGCUACCCAUUUUACUACGAGAUGUGCUGGUAUGUCCUGGAAAGAUACCUCUACUGUCUGACCAACGUCUCCCACCUCACCCCGGAGUUCCAAAAAUACUCCCUCGGCAUAGGACUUACUCAGGCUGACCUUGAAACCAGCGAUCCCACCGGGAACGGUACAUCUGAGGGACUUGGUAGUGAUGGUGAAAACGAGGAGACCAAGUCUGAGAAGAUGGAGGAGGAGGAGGACGUGCCAGAAGAACCGGCAGCUCAAGUUAAAACGCAUCGGCACGUGUUGACCCCCUUUGAGCUUGAGGGGCUGUGGAACCUUUUGGGGAAGCUGGAGGAGCUGCCAACUCACAAAAAGUGUGUCCCUGCGGGGAUUAAGAACGCUGCGGCCCUGCUUGAGGACAUGAGGGUUGUUCUGAACGCCCGUGUCAACGAUGAACCCAAGCUCGCCUACACUGGAGAGCCCAUCGUAAAAUGGCCUAAAAGGCCGUCGUGGUACCAGCCUCCCACUCCGCCUCCGCCCGUCAUCUACCGCCCUCGCUUGGCCCAUCCUCUCCACAAGUCUCUGAGUCAGAGGCCCAAACGUUCGUCCAUCUCCGCCCUGAGACGCAGACGGGUGAGAUGCAAGCGCUGCUCCGCCUGCUGCAGGAAGGAGUGUGGCGACUGUCAGUACUGCCACGACAUGAGGAAGUUUGGCGGCCCUGGACGCAUGAAGAAGAGCUGCAUCAUGAGACAGUGUCUGGCGCCUGCUUUACCGAAUACAGCGCGAUGUGCCAUAUGUGGAGAGGGAGAAUCUGAGGAGUCGGAACCGAGCGCUCACUCCCUCAUGGAGUGCUCGGUCUGUUCUCAGAUCGCCCAUCGUCAGUGCAUCAAAGAACCUGGUGAGGGGAAGAUCAAUAAAGACUUACCCAGCUGCUGGGAAUGUCCUAAAUGUUACCAAGGCAAAGGCUCAGAUUCAGAGUCUUCCAGUGAUGAGGAAAGUGGAGAGUCGGAGGCUUCGACGUCCUUGCCGCAGUCCAAGCUCGCGUAUCGGGAGGGCAUCGGCGUAGGCGAAGGGUCGAGACGAGGGAAACGUAGCAGACCCGCAGGCCGACCCACAGCACCACCACCUUCUCAGAAACUGCUACUGCAGCAUCAACAGAAUCGGAAAAGAGCAAGUGCACUGGAGCUCAGACUUAAGAAGAGGAUAAAACUGGAGCGGAGCAAACUCUUAACAAAACAGUCUCUAGAUCGUUCUCCCAGACUGAUGAGCUCCAGGGUCCUGCCCCGGCUGAGCUCUUCAAUGAGCAGGCUACGGCACGGUAGAGGCCGGGGCCACACCUGGACGAGCGGUUCCACCUACCACAGCACAGCGGGAGGGACAGCGUCCUUCGAGCACCAGCAGUCUUCCCACGGCCUGGCUCUUGAGCCUAAGGGCGAGCCCCGCAGAGGGAGGGGGAGAGGUGUGAGACUGCGGGGAGGAGGAGCUGGAAGAGGCAUCAGAGGCGGUAGAAGCCAUGCGGAGUUGGAGGAGGAGGAAGAGGAGGAGGAGGAGGAGGAGGAGGAGGAGGAGGAGGAGAGCGAGGACAGCAGCAGCAGCAGCACCAACAGCAGCAGCAGCGACGACGACGACGAGGAAGAGGAGACCGUGCAGAUCAGUGGGAGGGGAGGGGACAAGGAGAACCAGCCACAGUUGAGGCGAGGAGGACAAGUAGCCAAAGAAAGAGAAGAGGACGGGAGCGAGGCGGCCAACCAAAACGGUGCGGAGGAGGACGAGGAGGAGGCGAUGGAGCAGGACAGUCAUACGGGGGACAAAGAUGCCUCGUUUCUUAGAGUGACACUCCAAAGGCCGACCAGAGCCAAGCAGGACCCAUCAGCCAUUGUCCCCAAAUUGGAAGCCGUUGCCCCUCAAACUGCCACUUCCACAAUACACAACCAGCCCAGACCCCUUGCCAGACCCCCCAUUAGAAAUCGUGGCCCGUGUCCAGAUCAACACUCGAAUGGGCACACGCCGCCCCACACUCGAAGUGGACACACUAACUCUCGCACUUCCCACCCAGAGAGACUGGAGGCCUCUAAAAGAACAAGACUGAGCAGGCCGGCCAAACUGAGCAAUGGUGCCUCUUCUUCCUCAUCCUCCGAGCUUCCACACCUUCGCAUCCCCCUGUCUGCCCUGCAGGAAGGGGGCGGCGAGGCGGACAGGGAGAGCGUCGGGAGCGGCCCGGGCUGCGAGAGGGAGGUGUGGGUGUCUGUCUUUCGAUACUUAAGUCGAGCAGAUCUCUGCGUUUGCAUGGCUGUCUGCAAGAACUGGUACAAAUGGUGUUUAGACAAGCGGCUUUGGUCACGGAUUGAUCUGAGCAUCAAGCGCAGUGUUUCUCCUCAGGCCCUAACAGGCAUCACAAAGAGACAGCCAGUCACACUCGACCUCUCCUGGACCAACAUCUCCAAAAAACAGCUCAACUGGCUUGUUAGCCGCCUGCCAGGGCUGAAGGAUCUGAUGUUGGCAGGUUGCUCCUGGUCGUCUAUUUCAGCUCUCAGCUCUUCUGAUUGCCCUCUCCUACGUUCUCUAGACCUGCGGUAUGCAGACGGAGUGAAAGACGCUCAGAUCAGGGAUCUAGUCACCCCUCCAGGCUGUGACAAUCGCAGCCAGUUGCGGACCAUGCAGUGUUUGCGACUAGCAGGCCUGGACAUCAGUGACUCCACUCUGCGCCUGGUCAUCCGCCACAUGCCACAUUUAACAAAACUGGAUCUCUCCCACUGCAACAGCCUCACAGACCACUCCAUCAAUCUGCUGACCGCCGUGGGCUCGUCUACCCGCAACACGCUCACAGAACUCAACUUGGGAGGCUGCAGUAAACUGACAGACACGUGUCUGAAGUAUCUCCGCCGUCUUUCCUGCAUCUCGCUGCUCGACUUGCGAGGCUGCAAAGGUGUCUCCCGCAAGGCCUGUGAGGCGUUCAUCUCCGAGCUGUCAGUCAACACGCUCUACUGCCUGUCAGACGAAAAGCUGAUCCAGCGGAUAUCCUAAGCACCUGCCUUCUCUCGCAGAGAUGCAAAAGCAGGGAGAGAGGAUGCUGAUGUGAAUCAGUUUGACUCGGACACUGAGGGGCAGGGAAGCUGACAUGCACCCGUGUCAAGGACAAAAAGGGGUGGGGUCUAAACCGGGAGGGCUUGCUCGACUUAAGUGGUGUUGGGGAAAGGGGGUUGGUACUGCUGGAACACUCAAUCUUUUCAAUAUAUUUUUUUUCCCCGUGUACCUAAAAAAGAGACUCAGGAGCUAUUAAUUAGCUGUAUUAGACUGCACAACCUGUGGAUAACAAAGUCCUCGACUCUUACUUUUUUUUUUUUUUUUUGGACAGAUGCCAUGUUUCGUCUUCCAUCACAAGCUCCUGCUCUGAGACCGAGGAAAAGCAAAGACUGUUAGUUUUAUCCUUGGGAUAUAACUGCAUCGUUCUGUUUGGCUGAUCCCCCCCAAAAAAUCUUAUUUAUCGUAUGACCCAUUUGAACUUACUUGAUUUCUGCUACUUGUAAGUGCUUAAAGAAGCUGUUUGUUUUUUUGGACAUAAAGUAAGUGUUACGUUGUUUGAUGACUUAUGCUUCACGCACAGCAGCUAUGCGUUGAUAUUUUUUUAAGAUGACUAAAGGAGAAAGACUAAUAAGUGAACCGCAGUGUUUACCAGCUGUACAUUCAGCUUCAUAGAGUGCAACAGUAGUCCAGGGGUAUACUUGUGAAGUAUACCUGGACGGUGAGAAGAGGAUGAGACACUGUGAGUGGGCAAUCAACAUGGUUACGGACCUCACCCCCAGUAAAGGGCAGGUUGCAUUAAGUGUAGGGGAUAAGCCAAGGACAAAGGUGUCAGACAAAUGGUGCAUUUUCAACUGUUAGACUUCAGGUGCUAUUAUUUCCAAACUCCUAUUGCUUUGUUUUUGUACAGAGAUGACGUUAGAGCAAAAAAGACUUCACGAUGAAACCGCUCCCCACCCUUCUUUGAUACACUUGACUUUUCUUUUCAUGGAAUUAAAACAAAAAUGUGAUUAUCUACUUUUCACUUGUCAAAUUCAUUGUAGGGAUGUAUCAUUUUGUUUCGGGGUGUUGCUCGUUUCUUGGUUCCCUGGUUUCUGGCUCUGUAUUAAAGGUCUCCUCCCAGACUGCUCUCCUGGCCAUACCCCCUUCAAAUGAACAUAAGUGUAUAAAUAUAUACUUUUGUGUAAAUGUGUUUCUUUUUUUUUCCUCUUUUAGACUAUCAAAGCGGGAAUCCAGUAGCAUUGUAAUUAUUUUCGGAAGCGUUUUUUUCACUUAUGUUAUUUGUGUUACUUUUUAAGAAAAAAUAAAAAAUGAUAACCUA